AUGAUGCUCUAUUUUCCCCCUUUCACUCGGAUCUCAGCACGGAUCAUUUUAAUUAAAAAUGGCGGCGUCAAGAAAAAGUGGACGGAACGUGAUACUGUAAGGGUCGUGGAACUGUAUGAAGAAGAACAAGUGUUGUGGAACGAGAAUUCAGAUAACAGCUCUUCAGAUUCAGACGUUCCAGCCGCACCUUCACCAGACAUUCCCGCCGCAGCUUCACCAGACAUUCCCGCCGCACCUUCACCAGACAUUCCAGCCGCACCUUCACCAGACAUUCCAAUCGCUCCUUCACCAGACAUUCCAAUCACCCCUUCACCAGACAUUCCCAUCGCCCCUUCACCAGAUAUUCUCGCCGAACCUUCAUCGGACAUACCAAGACCUCUUCCGCUACCGGCAGAUCUUCAAACGCCAUCAUCUUCCCAGCAGUUAAAUAGUGAAAUAUUCGUUAAGCCACAAAAUACGAUCAAGUAG